AUGGCGGCCGGGACCCAAGAAUUCAGUACCUCUAUCGGUCGCAGCCUUAGAGAGUUGGAGGAGGGGACUAAUCAAAUGUGCACGCAGCGGAGUAAACAGCGGGCGGUUUACGAGAAUGUGAUGAACAGAGUGAUCCAGUAUCAGACGGUGCGCUACGAUAUCCUUCCCCUUUCCAAAGUCUCACGGGAACGGCUCAAUCAGGUGAAGAGAAAGAUUCUCGUCCUAGACCUGGACGAGACGCUCAUCCACUCCCAUCACGAUGGGGUCCUGAGGCCCACAGUGAGGCCCGGCACACCCCCCGACUUCAUUCUUAAGGUUGUCAUAGACAAGCACCCAGUCCGCUUUUUUGUACAUAAGAGGCCGCACGUGGACUUUUUUCUAGAAGUGGUGAGCCAGUGGUAUGAGCUGGUGGUCUUUACAGCCAGCAUGGAAAUCUACGGCUCAGCGGUGGCCGACAAGCUAGACAAUAGUAGGAGCAUCUUAAAGAGGAGAUACUACAGACAGCACUGCACUUUGGAGCUGGGCAGUUACAUCAAGGACCUCUCGGUCGUACACAACGACCUGUCCAGCAUAGUCAUCUUGGAUAAUUCACCGGGCGCAUACAGGAGCCAUCCAGAUAACGCCAUCCCCAUCAAGUCCUGGUUCAGCGACCCCGGCGACACGGCUCUCCUCAAUCUGCUCCCCAUGCUUGAUGCCUUGAGGUUCACAGCGGACGUCCGGUCGGUGCUCAGUCGGAACCUGCACCAGCAUCGCCUUUGGUGACGGCGGCUCCUCCUUUCUUCAGGGUUUGGCCCUCGACCUCUGCCUUAUCCCGCCAUCGUGCCCGCCCGCCCCACCCUUGCCACUCGGACUCUGGCAGCCGUGUUUGGACUCAGCGCAGCGGCUGGGAAGGGACUUGGCGUGAGCCGGCCUCCCCCGGCGUCAGCCCACGGGCACCCGCUUCCACUCCCGCCUGUGUGUGCCCCCGCCCGGCACACCGUCCGCGCGUCGGCCGGCGGGGUGGACUCUGGCAGAGAUCCUGGGGGGAGGGGGGCACCGGCACUGUUGGCGCGACUCCAGCUGCUUUGGAGGCAGACGGGCAAGAAAGGGGGUGAAACAAGCCAGACGCACCCCGGAGUGCGACGGACACUUUGAGACGAGGCUGCGUUUCUCAUUUUAAAGACCUAGCUCCCUGUACAAAGAGCUUCCUUCUCUGGCCUUUUUUUUCCUCCCUCUCUUUGGCC